CUGCCUGCCUUUUGGAAAGUUGUCUAAAUUGUCUAAAAAUGUCUGUUGAGUUGAGUAUACUAUUUAAGAAAAUUUGUUUUUGAGGCAGUUGUUUAUAUUGCCCAAUGAAAAAAGUCACACAGAGUGGAAUCAUUUGGAUUUUCGUUGAAUAUUGGGGUUUCGCUUUGUACACAUUAAUAAUCAAGGAUUAUGAAUGAAUGACUUUCUGACUCCUCCCCUUGACUGCAGCUGCAUACUUCUGUCAGCAUUCAAGGUGUGCCAUUAGCAACAUAUACACUACUUUCUACUACUACUACUACUACAACCUUUUUGAGAGACUCGUGGAAAAACCUAAUUUGUUCAAAACAUUACACCACCACAAUUGUGUUGCUCUGAUACAGGGACGGGGUUUUUGUUGGCGGAGCAAAUAUAGAUAAGUGACUGGGAAUACAUACAGUAUGUAUAAGAUAAUGAAAAACUUGUGGCUCCCCAAACUGAAAAACAUCAUCUUUUUUUCUUUUUUAGCACUGACACUUCUUACUUGUUGUUUUGUCACAUUUUUAACUGUAAAUGAAAGAGGAAGACAGAAAAUCAUAGUGUUUGAGAGGCCACGUCUGACAGUACAACAUGAAAUUAAUUGCACAGCAAUAUAUGAAAUGGAACCAGUGGAACUGGGCAAAUCUUUAGCCAUUCGCAAGGAAAAAAGCUAUGUAGGGCAAACCGAUGAGGCUGUUGUGAAUUCCACCUCUGAUUGUGAUCAAUUUGUGUCACAAGGUUAUGAUGGGAUUCAAGGCUCUGAGUUUGAGCGUGAAUUUCCCCUUGCUUAUUCUUUGGUUGUUCACCAGGAUGCAGCCCUUGUGGAGAGGUUGCUAAGGGCCAUUUAUAUGCCUCAUAACAUAUACUGCAUACAUUACGAUCUGAAGUCCUCAGAUGACUUUAUUUCAGCAAUGAAAGGUCUGGCUCGCUGCAUCCCCAACGUCUUCAUUACCUCAAAGCUGGAGAGGGUGCAGUAUGCAGGUUUCUUACGACUCAAAGCGGAUCUUAAUUGUCUGUCGGACCUCCUAGAUUCUGAGGUCAAGUGGAAGUAUGUCAUCAACCUGUGUGGUCAGGACUUUCCACUGCGGACAAACGCUGAGCUGGUGUCGGAUCUAAAAGAGCUGAAAGGCAGGAACAUGGUGGAGAGCAAGUGGCCUGGAGGAAAACAAUGGCGCUGGACUUAUCAUCAUUUACAGAAAGACAAUAAUUCAGAGUACUACAGCUCACCUGUCACCACUUCUGAGAUGAAAUCUCCACCUCCUCACAACAUAGCCAUGUUUGUGGGCAGCGCAUACUUCACACUUUCAAGAGAAUUUGUGGUUUUUGUUCACCAGAGUCCCAUAGCCAGUGAUUUCUUGGCUUGGUCCGAGGAUACAUACUCACCUGAUGAACAUUUCUGGGCAACUCUGGUUCGUGUGUCUGGAGUACCAGGGGAAGAGCCAAGUUCUGAUCCUGAGAUCUCAGAACUGAAAAGUAAAACCCGUCUGGUGAAGUGGUGGUCUUUAGAAGAGAGACUUUACCCACCAUGCACUGGAGUCCAUGUGCGAGACGUGUGUAUUUAUGGUGCUGCUGAGCUCAGAUGGCUCCUGAACUACGGCCACUGGUUUGCUAAUAAAGUGGAUCCAAAAGUGGAUCCUGUUCUUAUGGAAUGUUUAGAAGAAAAACUUGCAGAAAAACGUGUGCAGAGAGAAGUAUAAAUAAUGCAUUCUCAUUCUGCAGAUCACUAAUGCUGGACGUCUGGUUGUAAAUUAUUCUCUGUCGCCCCCUGCUGUGUACAAAAGAAUGGCGCUGGUUCAUCAAUGAAUUAUUGCAUUGUUUACCAUAUUACCUGUGCAAAAUAGCUACAAAUUCAAAAAUUUCUUUAAAUAAAAAAAUACAUUUUGUGCUCAUUGCAGAUUAAACUCCAAUUUUAAGAUUAUUUAUUUGUAUGUUUGAAAGAUACUUUGUAAAUGAUUUAAAAUGAUUAUUAUUAUGAGUUGUUUUUUGAUAUUUAAAUUGUCUAGCAAAAUAACAACAUUAAUAAAUGAAUUAUCAUGGCUUUAAGUUCAAUAAAUUCAAAAGUUAACCCGAUGGAAAAAAGAAGUGCACUUAAGUCUAUAGUCCUCUGCUACCGUCUACAUUCAUGUGCAUUGUUUUAUCUUUAUUCAGCAGCGUUAAACAAUUUUGUUUACA